UGAAACGUCAACAAACAAACGCUGGCCCUCUUUGAUUACAUUUUUUCACCGCCCAGCAAAGCAACCCACAAAACAAAAAAAAAAACAAUCAAAGUAAACAUCUGACCUCCUCAAGUGAUUCACUGCAUCCUGUACUGACUCGUUCGUUACAAGCGGAGUAUUUUUCAAAGUAACCGUGCGUACUGCUACUGUGUGCCUCUAAUCUCCCGUGAAUUUCAAUUAGUGAAUAUCGUUCGGGAUACACAGAAAAACCCUGCAAAGUCACUACCAUACCGUUUUCUACGAAAAACUGGGGCUAAGCAGAAAACCGAUUUAGUGCUGAUAACAUUGCUGCCUUCCUUAUAAGAAAGAUCUGCCGCGCUAGUGCAACAAUAUCUGUUUGUGGCGUUACUGAAGUGUAGUUACGUGUCACUCACUACCUAAGAUGGGCAUCGCUGGUAAAGAAAACGGAAUGCGGGCCCUCAUUCUCGUCGGUGGGUACGGGACACGUCUGCGGCCACUGACCCUCAGCACCCCGAAACCGCUCGUAGAGUUUGCGAACAAACCGAUACUUCUGCACCAAAUCGAAGCGCUCGUCGAGGCCGGUGUAACGCAGGUUAUCCUGGCCGUUUCGUACCGUGCCGAACAGAUGGAAGCGGAACUGUCCGCUCAGGUCGAACGGCUCGGUGUGAAGCUAAUCUUUUCCCACGAAACAGAGCCACUCGGAACGGCCGGACCGUUGGCGUUGGCUAAAUCAAUCCUGUCGGAAAGCACGGAACCAUUCUUCGUGCUAAACUCGGACAUUAUCUGUGACUUUCCGUUCAAAGAGCUGGAACAGUUCCAUCGGAGGCAUGGCCGGGAGGGAACGAUCGUGGUGACGCGUGUCGAGGAACCGUCCAAGUACGGUGUCGUGCUGUACGCGGAAGACGGCUGCAUCAAGAGCUUCAUCGAAAAGCCGCAGGAGUUCGUAAGCAACAAAAUCAACGCCGGAAUGUACGUGUUAAAUCCCUCCGUUCUGUCCCGGAUCGAGCUGAAGCCCACGUCGAUCGAGAAGGAAAUCUUCCCGGUCAUGUCCCACGAGAAGGAGCUGUACGCGUUCGAGCUGAACGGGUUCUGGAUGGAUAUCGGGCAACCGCGCGACUUCCUGACGGGCAUGUGUCUCUAUCUGACCUCCCUGCGACAGCGGCAACCGGAACUGCUCUACAACGGACCGGCCGGCUUUGUGGGGAACGUGCUGGUGGAUCCGACGGCCAAGAUUGGGGCCGGUUGCCGGAUCGGACCGAACGUUACGAUCGGGCCGAAUGUGGUGAUCGAGGACGGUGUUUGCAUCAAGCGUUGCACAAUUCUGAAGGACGCCAUCAUCAAAUCGCACUCGUGGCUGGACAGUUGCAUUAUCGGUUGGCGCUGUGUCGUUGGCCGGUGGGUGCGGCUCGAAGGGACGACCGUGCUCGGCGAGGAUGUGAUCGUGAAGGAUGAAAUCUACAUUAACGGUGGACAGGUCUUGCCCCACAAAAGCAUCGCGCUGAGCGUUCCGGAACCACAGAUCAUCAUGUAGAGCCAACCGCCAGCCAAACCGGUUUUCCGAACCGGUGCGAACGAGAAGAAGAUGCCGAAGACGUUUUUAGGGUUUCUUUUAAAUGUAGCUUUAUUUUAAUAUCGUUUUACCAAUUACAAACUUCCAUACGAAAACGAACAAUUUUUUGUUUACGAACGAUUGAGUAAUAUCUACACACAGAGACGACGCGCCCUGUUGUUGCUGUUCCUGGUCGAAUCUUCGAUCAGUACGAGUGUGUGCUUUUAUCGUGCAGUUUCCUCACUUUAUUUACCAACACACACACGCGCGCGCGAAUACAAUCGUGGGAAGGGGCAGCAAUCGGCGGGAGAUGUGUGUGUGAGUGUUAGGAAACUCGAAUAGUAGGCGCGCUCUGUUGAACUCUUGUUGGGUACACGAUUAUAUUUUGCAUUCCAAAAUAAUAAAAACUCCCGUCACUGUAAAACAAAAA